AUAGGGCCACCCCCAGCUAUGUCGCGCCUCCGACGACCACGGGCCUCCGAUGGCCAACAGCCGCCGCUCGUCGCGCCCCGGGCCGUCCAAAGUGCCGCCGUGCACCACAGAUCCCCCGGUGGCCCUCGCCUACCUCGGCGACGUUAGGCCGCCCGAGAUGUCUACCUGUCAACGCUGGUGUGCCCUUCCCGUCGAUGGACUCCACCGCUGCAGGUUCUGGUAAGAUUUCUACCACUCCCUCCUCAACUCCCCUAUGGCGCAUCCGCCUCUCGCGAGGACCGGAUCGCUAAAUCCCGUCGCUCGGGCGCGAUGUCAACAGCGGCUUCACCUCCCCAGGAAGCCAACAACAAAAGUGAAGCACCGUCCGGCUCAAAUCGCCACCACGAGGCAACGCCCAAGGCAGUGCUGAGGCUGAUGGCCAUGAAAGGCCUCACUCUGUACCACCUCAAAAGCCACCUUCACGUUUGUUCAGAAACUGCUCCACUCCUGCUCUUGUCUUCUCUUCUCUUUCGCAGUCCAGUCCAGUGGUGUACUACUUGCUCCUUCCGAUCCAAAAUAAGUGUCGUGGUUUUAGUUCAAAUUAACAUAGCGAUGCUUGUUUUAUCUUAUCAGAAAUGGCUGCGAAAGCACAACAAGAAAUCCACAAACCUGGAAUUGGCCAACAGCGGAGGUACAUACACACAUACAUACCUUACAAAUGUUAAUUACAGUCAGCAUCAAGAUGCAGUCAAGCCAACGUUUCUCCUUCUAAAGUCCAAACCUGCCAUCUCUGCUUUUAUCACACUAUACCACGCAGGACAUCAACUUUCAAAUCGGUGCGCCUCUUGUUGUUCCUGCUAGAUGCGACGCCGUAAGGUAACUAGCUACACAUUUCUCCUCUCCCCCUGGACCUAUCUGCGAUUGAAAUGCCCUUUUUUUGUUUACUGCAAUAGGUUGUAAAAAACAUCGUCAGUUACCACUAACAGUAUAUAACGAGUUUCUUCGAAGA